UCCAACCUGCCAGAAGGGAAAGCAAAGCCAGGUCAGCCCUGACCCUGAGGCUGGGGUCACCACCAGGCGGGAUACAGCCCUGGGGCCCUGAGCAGAGCCCACAGCUCACUCUAGAGCUGAGCUCUGAGCCUUGCAGUGCCCAGAACACCCACACGCACUGGCGUGUGCAGGAUGCACAGCAGGCAGGGGGUGGUCACUCAGCCCCAGAAAUGGGGAAUGGGAGCCAGGAGGCAUGGAGAAGGGAGAGAGCAGCAGUCCUGGGCUGUGGGUCUGGCCGUGACAUGUUUGGGGUGGAACAUCAGCCCUGGGGGCACUGCAGGACUGCUGCUGCGCUCAGUGAUGCUCCUGUAACAUGUUGCCAAGGUGCUGCUGCGCUGUGCUUCAGAAAUGUAAUUGAACAGGGAGGCAGACACGUGAUAUAUUCCUAUUUUCACUUUCUUGGCAAUGUACCAUAUGAUUUGGAAAAGCCCCCAGCACUCCCGCCCGGGGCUGCUGGCAGGAAAUGCCCAGCCUUGUGCUGAUCUGAGCGGUGCUGAGUGGGUGGACAGCGAAGAAAAGUGGAAGUUGCAGCACAGCUACUUUCCUCCCACUGCGAUAACUCCUCCGAGACGUCACUGAGCCAGCCUCCGGGGGGAAAAACAAGCGCUCGCAGCCCGCCAGGCUCAGCUCGCACCCUGCUCUCCAGCUCAGCACCUGCGGAGGAUGCGCUGCCGCCAUGGCCCUCUGCGCUGCCCUGGCCCUGAGCGUGGCUCUGCUGCUUGCUUGGCCGGCACACGGUGAGCUGCGGUUAAAGCCCACGCGCGUGCGCUUCGUGGCGGAGACGGUGUACCACCUGCUGCAGUGGGAGCCGGGCCGCGACGCUCCCAGCAACGUCCGCUACGACGUGGAGCACAAAAUCUACGGCACCGACAUCCCCUGGACGGCCAUCCCGAACUGCAUGAGGAUCCGUGAGCACAGCUGCGACCUCACCUACUACACCCUGGAUCCCUCCCUGCGCUACUACGCGCGAGUGCGAGCCGUGGUCGGGAACCACACAUCCGACUGGAAAAGGACCAACGCCUUCUCCCCGCAGGAAGCCAGCCUGCGCCUGUCCGGCCACAGCCUGUCCGUGAUGGACAACAGCAUCCAUGUGCAGCUGCAGCUGCUGCUCCGGGCAGGGAACCGCACCGUGAAGUACGAGGACAUCCAGAAGCACGCGAGGCGCUACCGGGUGUACAUCCGACGGGCGCGGGACAACCAGACGUAUGAAGUGUGGGAGACCGCCUCAGAGUUCCACAUCCACAACCUCUUCUGGAACACCGAGUACUGCAUCAGCGUGGAGCCCGACGUGGCCAGCCGGAACAUCCCUGCCACGCGCACUGCUGAGCAGUGCGUCACCAUUGGCCACAGAGACAGGAGUGCAGAAUUCAUCCCAAUCACUGUCAGCUCCUUCGCCAUCGUCCUCUUCCUUCUGGGCAUCCUGGGGGCUCUGCUGGUCUGCAUGUACCUAAAGAAACCCAUGAGGCCACCAUUGGUCCUGAAGUCCUUUAUAAAGCAGAGCUCGCUUUGGGUGGAGCAGGAGACCUCAUCCUCGGGGAGCACGGAUGCAGUGCAGCAGCUGUUCCUGUGCCAGAAGGAGCCCCAGCACCACGGUGCCCCCAGCACCACGGGUACAGCCCAGCCACCAUCGGAGAAGAGCGGCCUGCUGCCAGCAUGGCCCAAGGAGCAGGCAGUGGGGAGCAGGGACAGCAGCUGCACCAGCACCGACAGCGGCAUCUGCCUGCACUCUUCCUCCUCAUCCUCAUCUUCAUCCUCCUCUUCCAAGCUGAGCCACUCCGAGAACUGCGGCUACAAGCGGCAGCUGCCUGUUGGCGAUGACAGUGGUGUGGGCUUGGAGAGCCCUGCUGGGAGCCUCAUGGAAGCUACACAUGGAGCAGAGCCUGACCUCUGCUCUGCCGCUGGGCAGGACAGCCCGCACGAGGUGGAGUUCCGUGGGUACCUGCAGCAGUCCAAGGGCACGGUGGAGCCAAGACAGGGGCGAGCCGAUGGGGAGACGCUCUGGGCCUGUGCAGGAGCCCUGUGGGGCCAGGCUGGCACUGACAUCAUGCUGGAUAUGGACAGCAUGGAGCUGCCGGUGGCCAAAGGGUACCUGAAGCAGUCCUCUCCUGAGUGUCCCCGCAGCCACACACCAGCCCUUGCUGCCCCAGUGUCCUCUCUGCUGAGCUAUGGGACUCCCCUGGACUCCAAGGCCAACCCUGAGCUCCUGGAGGUUCCCUUUGACCUGGGUAUCUUUGACACUGACCUGCUGGGGACGCUGCCCCUCAUCUCCAGCCUCAGCUCCCACGUGCAAACCAACCCACUGAGCGUGCGCAGCGGGGACAGCAAGGACAGCUGCCUGUGAGUGCCCUGCGACCCGGACACCACUACCUCUCACUGCUGCCCCUCGGGAGCAGCCACUCGAUAAGCUACCGCCGACCCCCGAAUGUCAGCACAUCGACCAGAGCACAGCCUUGGCAAGCUCACCCCGGAGCCACCUGCAUUGCUACAGCUGGGGCAGCUUCCCACCAAGCAGCAAGCCCAGCGCAGCCAGCACCCCGGUGACACUAAUGGGACAUGGGGACAAGCUGCGCUGGACCACCGAGACCAAGGACACGCACCAGCACUGGGGCUCAGAGCACAGCUCCACAGCACAGGGCACAGCUCCAGGGUUUGGGCUCCCUUUGCCGCGCUUGCAUUCCCCGCUUCCCCCUUCUGUGGGCGAGCAGCGCGUGGUCGGUGUCACCCGAACCUUUCACAACACCGAUACCGAAAGCGCAGCGCAGCACCACGUCAGCUUUCUCCCUGCCGCCGCGGGGACCUCCCGCCCUGCUGGUCGCCCUCUGAAAGAGCCAGGGACUCCCUCUGCCCUACAGAGCCCACAGCCCCACGGCGCUGAGCCCAGCAGCGCCCACCACGCGCUCAGCACGAUGGUCGAUGUUCUGCCAUUUUACGUACAGAUACUAUUUAUUCUAUUUAAUUUGUAAAUACAGCAAAGGACAAAGUGUUA